CAAAGAUACACCAGAAGAGCGAUCAGACAACCACAUCAACACAACUCAUUUCAUUUCAGACUGUACAGAUAAUGAUUGGAGUGAUGGACUUCUUACUUGGCAUUGUAAUGAUCGCAAAUAUCCUCACAAUUAGUAGUAUUUCUGGCAUCACCAUCUGGGGAUCUCUCAUUUACAUCAGUGCUGGCUCUCUGUCUGUUGCGGCAAAGAAUAAACCUAAUCUGUGUGUGUUAAAAGCCUCUCUUGGAAUGAAUGUGAUCAGUGCCAUAACUGCAGGGAUAUCCUUUAUUCUUAUAAGUGUGUGCAUAGGAAUCACUACAUGGAGUCUUACAAAUGACUACUAUGACUAUAAGAGGUUUGGUCUUGGGAUCCUUGGAAUACUGCUGGUGUUCUCCGUCCUUCAGUUGAUCAUCUCCAUCUCCUGUGUUAUUAACCAUAUGUUGACAUUAUUGUUUAAAGCAAAACAUGAUUGCACUGAUAUGCACUGAAAGAUGAGUCUUUCAAAUA